CAGCAAAAGAGAUGCUACGAUUCAAUGGGAACUCGACCAUCGGGCCUUCGGUUAAACAAUGGCCUUCUCAACACGAACUCCGUGGAUACGAGAUUUGCCACCGCCUCCUCUUCCAACGCUGACAUCCACCUUGGAACGUUAUUUAGAGGGCAUUGAGGCUGUUGUGCCCAAAGCAGGUUUCGAAAAAACUACAAAAAUCGUUGCAGACUUUGCCAAAAAUGACGGGCCUAUCCUCCAGAAGCUUGUCGAAAGGCAGGCCAGCAAAGAAGAAAACUGGGCGACAACGGUUUGGCUUCCUGACAUGUACCUGAAGAACCCUACGCCUCUUCCCAUCAAUCAAUCGGCAUUCUUUCUCUUCCCCUGUCAAACCUUUAAGACAUCCCGCGACCAAAUAGCAUUCACAGCAGAACUCAUUAUAUUUGCUCUACAUUUCCAGCAUCUUAUCGAAACCGAGGAACUUAAGCAGGACUUUUCAAGGGCCAUCCACGCAAAAAGCUCGCCAUUGUGUAUGGAAACUUAUAAAAACUUCUUCAACUCCUACCGAAGGCCCGGGGUAAAAAUCGACUAUCAACUACCAAAAAGGAAUGAAGUCUACCCGCAAUGUAUCGUCAUCGUUCAUCGCAAACAGUUUUACCGUCUUAAUCUGGAGAAAGAAACCACAGUGACAUACAUAGCUAGCGCCCUACUGAACAUCCGCUCAUCUACCUCAGUAUCCGAUAGCCCUCAUGUGGGAGUACUUACAACGCAGCCUCGAGCUCAAUGGGCAGUUCAUUACGAGCUUUUACGUAAGGAGAACCCUGGCCAUAUUGAGGCACUGGAGCAGUGCUUAUUAGUAUUGUGUCUGGACGACGCUCUACCUCCGACGCUAUCCGGCCCUACAAAAGCUGAGCAGUGCGAGAAUUUGUUACACGGGAAAGGCAUCAACAUAAAUUCGUGUAACCGGUGGUACGAUAAGACGCUACAGGUUGUAGUAGGGGCGGAUGGGAUCUGUGGCGUAGUUAUGGAACACUCGCAGUCAGAGGGCAUCACUCUUCUUCGCUUUAUGGAGAUGUUCCUUGAAGAUUUGCGCAGUACAUCUCGUGAACCUAUCGACUGGUCAUGUACUGGCGUAACGGCGGAACGAUUUCUUUGUUACAGGGCUGUUGAAGACGUUGACCUAUAUGUGCUUCAUUUCAAUGAAUUUGGUAAAGAAUUUCCGAAAUCACAAAAUAUUAGCCCCGAUGUAUUCGUGCAAUUGGCGUUACAACUAACAUAUUAUAAAGUGCACCGUAAACUGGUCUCUACGUACGAAAGCGCAUCUCUGCGCCGCUUCCGUCUAGGACGCGCCGAUAAUAUCCGAGCUGCCACUCGCGAAGCUUAUGACUGGGUUCGGGCUAUCUGUGAUGAUUCUAACCAGCAUUUAACAUUGGGGCAAAAGCAAGACCUGUUCCGAAGGGCAGUGGCGAAACAAACUGCGAUUCUAAAAUAUACCAUAGGCGGAAUGGCGCCGGAUAACCAUCUUUUGGCUCUACGCGAAACAGCGAGAAAGCUUCAGCUGAGGUGUAAACUGUUUGAAGACAGCUCUUAUAAGGAGUUUCUUAACUUUCAAUUGUCAACAAGUCAGCUCCCGAACGAGUCCAGGAUAACGGUAGGCUACGGGGCCGUUGUUCCGCAUGGCUAUGGCUGUUCGUACACGAUCAAUGCGAAUGAUAUGCUGUUCUGCGUUACGUCCUUUUUCUCAGCGUCAGUAACCUCGAGUGACUUUUUUGCAUUAAGUCUUGAAGGCAGCUUGAAUCAGGUGCGCGAAUUGUGCACCACUACCGUCGACGCGUCGUCGGCCAAGCCGACGCGUGCCACCCCGCGGAACGGAUCAGAGGCCAACAAAUAAUCCAGUCGAAAGGCUUCUUCUAACUGAAAUUCUUCUAUCUUACCGUAAAAGGUAGCCAUAACGUUUUCACAUUAUGAACAGAAAUGGCUAUGUCACAUCUGAG